UGUUUGCAGUUUGGGCGGCAGGAGCGGGGCUCGCCCAAGGAGAUCCGCGCCUUCGCCGACGGGUACGGUGCCCGCUUCGACAUCUACGCGAAGGUCAACGUCAACGGGCGGUCGGCAGACCCCGUCUUCACAUACCUGAAGCGGCACCUCUCCGAUGGGCUCGGCUCCUCCAUAAAGUGGAACUUUACCAAAUUUCUAGUGGACCGUGACGGCAAGCCGCGCCGCCGCUUCUCGCCCUCGACCAGCCCGCUCGCUCUGCGCGCCGACAUCGAGCGCUUGCUCGACGCGUCGUCGGCCGCCCAAGACGCAGAGUAG